AUGGCCAACACAAACCAACCCGUCCGGGCUUGCGUAAUAAAAGUCGAUUUAAAGUGUUGUUCCGGUUGCCUAAACAGAGCAAAAACAAAGCUACAGAGUCUCCCCGGCGUGACCGCAGCGGAGUAUAACGUAAAAAAAGGGCUCAUGACAGUCACAGGCGACGUCGACCCUAUGACUCUCGUUCAUAAACUUACAAAACCGAAAAGAAAAACAGAGCUUGUGUCUGUAAAUUACAUGCCUGAUGAAGAUCUCACCAGUGAUCAUGAAGAUGAAGAUGAAGAUGAAGAUGGAGAUGAGGAUGAAGACGACACUUCUUCUUCUGAUGACACUAGUUCAAAUCCUGAUCCUAGACCCAUGGAACGUGCACCCCAAGUAAAUACGAGGCCCACUAUAAAGAAGAAGGAAAGGAUGGUAAGAAAGUAUCUUCUGUUAGGGUGUUUACGCAGCAAACCAAAGGUUGUUCAGCCUUUCCCAUUGGCAAAGCGAAUGUUCGGCUCAACAAGGUUUGGGAAUGGUGGUUCUGAUCAUGGCGGCUAUGGCAAUGGUUUAGCCAAUGCUAGGCGACCUCCACCUCCGUUUCAUGGACCAAUGAAUCUACAACAACAAUAUCAUAUGAUGAUGCAACCACGACUACCUCCACCACAAUUUCAAUUUCAAAUGAAUGGAGCACCGCCAAUGCAUAUGAUCCAGCCGCAGUCAGGUCCACCACAAAAUAUACCAUAUCAUUGGCAAAUAGAUCCACAAUACAAAGCUAUGUUCCCACAGCCACAGCCACUGAAACCUGAUCCGAAAAUGUUGGUCAACAAUGGUAUACAUUACUCCAACAAGUGAUUCCAACCGCUUUGAGUUAUAUAUAGCCCACCUAAGGCUGCUACUACUUGUUCUGUUGAUUGUGUACUUAGACGUUAUUAUUAUACUAAGCAAACGAAUGUUAUUUUAGUGGUUUUUUUUUUUUUUUUUUUUUUUUUUUGCCGAUUGCAGGCACGGAACAUUGUUCAAAGUCUUAGGCCAAACCUUCUAGCAAAAAGAAUUUUUAAUAUAACAAGAAUCUGUCUGAUUCAUUCAUAACCAUACGGUUGAAACAUAAAAUUAUGUAUGUGACUUAUUGCUAGACAGUAGACUCUAUAUAUCUAGUUUAGUUUCUCUCGGAGGAUACUUUGUCUUGAGAUUUGUUUGUAGUGCAUAAUUUUAUUCCCCCUCCUCCCCUUUGGAGGCUAAUGGAAGAAUC